AUGUUGAACGUUCUACGUUGUAAGAAAAUACUUUCAACUCCAAUAACGUUGUGUAGAAGAAUGACUAAUAACUCUGAUGAGAUGAAGAUUUGGAGACCGCAGGAUCAUGUUCCAAAAGAAGUUCAAACUCUUUUAGCGAGGAAACAUCCAAAUCAUGUAUUGGCAUUUCUAAAUGUUGUCCAACACUUGAAACUACAAAGAAGAACAGGUUGGGUUGAUCAUGAUAUUGACCCAUGUGAAAGUAUCUCAGAUCAUAUGUACCGUAUGGGAGUCACAGCAAUGCUCAUUAAGGACCCAAAAGUUAAUCGCGAUAAAUGCGUUCGUAUCGCGUUAGUUCAUGAUAUAGCAGAAGCACUAGUUGGAGAUAUCACCCCUUUCAGUGAAGUUACAAAGGAGGAGAAACAUCGUCGUGAAUGGGAAACGAUCCAAUUUCUCUGUAAUGAGUUGAUAAAGCCUUACAAUGAGAUCGCAGCUAAGGAAAUAAUGGAACAUUGGUUGGAAUAUGAGAAUAUAUCGUCCUUGGAGGCACGUUACACCAAGGAUAUAGAUAAAUAUGAGAUGUUAGUACAAGCAUUCGAAUACGAGACGAGAUAUGGGGAACGGGUGGACUUGGAUCAAUUUUGGUCUGCAAUGUCGAGCAUCAAGACCGAGGAAGUUAAAGGUUGGGCAAAUGACCUGUAUACGCUUCGUGGUGAAACUUUGAAGCAGAAUAAGAUAUAG